CAGAAUAAACUCUCUCUCUCUCUCUCUCUCUCUGUAGCGUCAACAGAGCGAGAGCCUUCACUCUUGAGUCCCGUGCAGAUCGAAGUUCUUCAAAGAAAGCAUCUUUACUUUGGGUUUUAUUGCAAACAGAUAAGCUAGCGCGAUGGUUGAGAAGGAAGAUCUGGGUUUGAGUCUGAGCUUGAGCUUCCCUCAGAACCACCAUUCUCUACAGCUCAAUCUCAGGCCUUCUUUAGUCCCAUCUUCAGCUGCUGCUUCUCCUUCCGGGUUCAAUCUUCCCAAGCCCUCUUGGAACGAGGCCUUCUCUUCAUCAGAUAGAAACUCCGAAACUUGCCGUGCAGAGACUCGAUCUUUCUUACGGGGGAUCGACGUGAAUCGGCUGCCUUCCACUGGCGAUUGCGAAGAAGAAGCGGGCGUGUCAUCCCCUAAUAGCACGAUAUCUAGCUUGAGCGGAAAGCGAAGCGCUAGCGAGAGAGAAGCUAACGGAGAAGAGCAUGAUCUGGAGAGGGAUUGCUCUCGAGGUAUCAGUGAUGAAGAAGACGGUGAAACCUCGAGAAAGAAGCUCAGGCUCUCCAAGGACCAGUCCAAUAUUCUUGAAGAGAGCUUCAAGGAGCACAACACGCUCAACCCAAAGCAAAAACAAGCUUUGGCCAAGCAGCUGGGCCUCCGACCUAGACAAGUGGAAGUUUGGUUUCAGAACAGAAGGGCCAGGACAAAGUUGAAGCAAACGGAGGUGGACUGCGAGUUCCUGAAGAGGUGCUGCGAGACUCUGACGGAAGAAAACAGACGUCUGCAGAAGGAAGUGCAGGAGCUGAGAGCUCUAAAACUCUCGCCACAGUUCUACAUGCAAAUGACCCCACCCACAACCCUAACCAUGUGCCCCUCAUGUGAGCGUGUCGCCGUCCCGGUUUCCUCCUCGUCAUCCGCCGGCGACGGUACCCACGCCCGGCCCCAACAGAUGGGCCAUGAAGGUCGUCGAGUCCCCAUCAACCCGUGGGCCACCCCGACAACACGCGGUCCCGCCGUCGCACACCGGACGUUCGAUGCAGUACUCCAACCAAGAUCGUGAUUACAGCCUCCCAAUAAUACAACGGGGGCAUUAAUCAUUCCAACUUCCGAUCAUUCGUCGCUGUGACAUUUAUUUCUCUUCAUGUUCAAAGUCUAUGGGUCUAGAAGUCUUAAGAUAUGGUUGGUAGAGUUUUUGAUUGUGUGGGUCUCCAUGUUUUGUAUUAUUGGACCCACUAUGUUAGUCUAGAUUUUUAGCACUGAUUUAAUUAAAGGGAAUGAAAUGAAGUGUUGUGUUCUAA